GUACCUGGCUUCCAUGUGGCCAAGACCAGGAGAGAGAUGCUGUCCCUGCUGAGUAAGCCGUUUGACCCGCUCGGUGUACUCUCUCCGUGGCUUGUUGUCGGCAGGUCUCUGUUCCAGAGAACGUGGGGAGUCGGAUGCACGGUCAGCUGGGAUGAGGAGCUGCCCCCACAGCUACAGGAGGAGCUAGCAGAAUGGCUCACACACGCACCAGACCGAACUGUAUGGUUCCCCCGCGCGCUGCUGACGAAUGACUGUGACGUCACCUACCAUGUCUUUUGUGAUGCCUCAAAGAAAGCGUAUUGUUGUGUCAUCUACGCUGUGCAGGGUGGGGAGUCCAGGCUGCUCAUGUCCAAAUCUCGUCUCGCGCCCCUGACUCCCGCCCUCAGCGUGCCCAGACUUGAACUGAUGGGCGCCCUCAUCGGCGCCAGGCUGAUGGACUUUGUCAGACAGGCGUUGAGUCUGGAGAGCCCACAAGUCGUCUAUUGGACCGACUCCAUGGACGUCAUCUUCUGGCUGAAGAGCAAGAAGAAGCUGAAGCUGUUCGUGCAGAACAGAGUGACCACCAUCCUCCAGUUGACUCGAGCGGAGCAAUGGCACCACGUAAGAGGACAAGACAACCCGGCCGACCUGGGGACGAGAGGUAUGUCCAUGACCGCUCUGGAGAAGUGUGAUCUGUGGUGGCGAGGACCGACAUUUCUCCGACAGGGACCUGAUACCAGGAUCUGCUGUGGACCGACAGUCGAGGCCGACAGUCUGCAGCCGUCUCAGGAGGCCACCAGUGAAGUGAAGCUGCAGAAGCCCCCGUUAAAGCUGACCCUGCUGACGACGCGAAGUGACACAAGUGAGACCCUACCGUUUGACAUUACGUCAUGUUCUACCCUCACACAGGCUGUGCUGAGGCUCGCGUGGGUGUUCCGUUUCGUCACCAACAGCCGCCUACCGAGGGAGGAGCGCCGGACGGGUCCGCUGACGCCCGAGGAGAAGAGACUGAGCCUCCGCUUCUGGAUCAGAGAGGCACAGGCCCGUGCCUACAGAGAGGAGACCAACGCCGCCACCGCUGACGUGAUCCUGGCGCUGAGACGGUUCUGCGCCAUCCGAGGGACGCCAGCUCUGGUGUACAGCGACAACGCUCGGACGUUCCGGGCCUUGCUUGGCCACCUACCCCGGUCGGUAACGUGGAAGUUCAUCCCUGAGGCUGCCCCCUGGUGGGGAGGGUACUGGGAGCGUUUGGUGGGCGUGACAAAGAAGGCUCUUCGCAUCACCCUACAUCAGUGCCACCUGACGUUUGAGGAGUUGUCUGCCACGAUGUAUGAGCUCGCUUUUUUCAUAAACCUGCGCCCCCUCACCCAGGGCGAUGGUGAAGAUCUCCUUACCCCCGCCCACCUGCUGUUCGGCGUGACGAGCAUAGACGGUGUCUUGUGCCCAACAUUGAAAGAGUGUUCCAUCAGCAGGGCCUGGCGUCACCAAAAGCGGGUCUGCGACCAUCUGAUCCGGCGGUGGUGUGAUGAGUACCGCAACGCUCUCCGCUGCUGGAGCGUCUCGCCCCGUGGACGACCUAGCCGUACACCGCGCGUGGGAGACGUGGUGCUAGUCCACAGUGAGAGGCCGCGCGGCCGGUGGCCUGUGGCGCGAGUGACGCGGCUGCUGGCGGGACCGGACGGCCACGUGAGGGCCGCCGUCAUCAGCCUGCGCGGGCGGAGCACUCGCCGCCCUGUCAGCCGCCUGUUCCUGCUGGAGGCGGCGGACUGAGUCGGACUGAGUCGUACCGGUGCAGUGAUCGGGACGAGUUACGUCGCCGCGAACUAUCGCAGAGUGCUGUGCCUUUUGUCGUAUUCAUCGUUCUGUUUGUUUUUCGAAAUCGGUCGUGCGCUCGAUUUCGAGUGGGGAGUGUGUUGUGAUUAGUAGCCUCUUACCUUUUUUUACCUUCACCCGUGACCCGUGUUGAUGUACCCUACCUUUCCUCACCCAGUAAAACUUUCCUCUAUUUGCCCGCCCCUGUCCUGAAUCCAUCACUUUUUGUUAGUGAUGUAAUGCUUCCAUUUUUCACCGAGCCGAUUUCGUUUUGUUUUUAUCCUUUCCAGUCAGUCUGGAUCCAUCUGUCGCCGUGUUACCGCUACCUGUAAAGUAAUAAACCGGCAGAGAAGUUGA